UUCCCUUUGAAUUCAUUGAAUUUUGUAUUACUGUCUAGUUUAUAAAUAGGUAAUAUAUAGAAAGAAUAGUAGAAUUGGAUAUACUAAUUCCUAGCUAAAGUCUAAUAAUGAACAACGAUAGGAAGAGUAAGAUACCAGCGGCCCCUACGUUUGCAACCAGUGGGAACCUAUUGUCGAAUGUCGCGCCGCCCACAGAGUUACCAAAUUUUGUAUCAUCAACUCCAGCGGUUCCAACACCAAAUCCACCGGUUUCCAAAAUAGCAGAAGUUGUACAAGCACAAGCGAUACCACCAUCACAACUUCCACCAACAAGCCAAAAUGUUGGCCCAAAGCCAGACCAACCUUCACCAGAGAGCCCUGAGAAAUUUAGCCCGGCUAUACCACUAUGCAAAGGAGAACCAACAUUGCCUAUAAGGUCGCCAGACGAUUCUUUGACCACCCUAUCUCCUGAAUCACUGCCCGAUUCUACACCAGAAAUGGAGAAGAUUGGUGACAUAAUGCCAGGCAGUGGUAUAUUCACAUGGAUGAAGGGAGCUGUCUCUACGGGAGGGAUUUUACAAAAAGUGGCCGAAAAAGCCAAGAGCUCUGUCGAUUCAAUGAUAACCACUCUCGAUCCACAAAUGAAGGAGUAUCUAAGGAGUGGUGGCGACAUCCUAGUAGUCGUGGCUUCAGACAAAGAAACAAAAGUAUCACCAGUCCGAGAGGCUUUCCAAACAGUUUUCGGAAAAGCUACUGUAAUCGGUUACCCAGCUCAAAGUGACGUCACAGCUGAGCAGCCCGUUAGUUACGCGGCAGCAUACGCCGCGGCGAAGCAACGCAUCGCCUACAUUCGCUCCGUGCAUAGCGAACUGACGAACAACGUACCCGUACUCGCUAUAGAAGGCUUUAUACAGGAAACAGUCACUGACAGAUGGUACGACCUAGCACUUCUAGUAUUAUCGCAGCCAUCCCUCGGUAUCGAGCUGCAAGUACAGUCACAAGCGACGCCAGUGCCGGCGGCCGCUGUGGCGGCGGCGCGGGCGGGAACUAAGGACGACUACGUGCAUGCGCAGACCGGCUUCAGUGUCACCAUCGGAUCCAUUAUGGGGACCAACUUACAGGUACCACACACACAAUGGCAAGAGGCGUCAACGGGAGUGUCUAGGAGAGAAAUACUACUUUUGGCGGCAAAAUCAAUCGCGGGCUCUUACAAGAAGUUAUUAGCAGUAUCCGCUGCAGAGGAAUAUAUAGACGAAUAAAUUUUAUCAUGAAAUAUUAUUAUAAUGAAUUAUGUAAGUUUUGACUCUACUGGUACCCUACUACUGGUGAUUAAUGAUGAGAUCAGUCUUUAUUGAAAAUUUUACGUUUUUAAACUUAUACCUAAGUACUAUUUACAUCCUUUUUAUUUUAAUUUUAAAAUAAACGUACAUUUCGAAAAUAACACGUUCCGGUGCAUCAAAAAAUUCUUAAAUUGUGUACUUAGAUAACUAAAUAAUGACAGACUCUUCUAUGUUUCACGGUCAUGGAUUUAAAUUAGGUACUCUUUGAGAGUAUUUCUGCUGUUGUCAUUAAAGUCAAAGUCAAAGUCAUUUAUUCUAAUUUCGUACAAUUUUACACUUUUUGAUUGUCACA